ACAUGGUGCACGGCAAGAUCUCUCGGCUCUCGGUCCGCGACGUGCGCUUCCCCACGUCGCUCGGGCGCCACGGCUCGGACGCUAUGCACACAGACCCUGAUUACUCAGCUGCCUACGUUGUCUUGGAGACGGAUGCGGAAGAUGGACUCAAGGGCUACGGAAUCACCUUCACUCUGGGGAAAGGCACUGAAGUUGUUGUCUGUGCUGUGAAUGCCCUGGCCCCCCACCUGCUUAACAAGGACCUCAGGGACAUUGUUGGUGAUUUCAGAGGCUUCUACAGACAGCUCACGAGCGACGGGCAGCUCAGAUGGAUCGGUCCCGAGAAGGGUGUGGUGCAUCUGGCCACGGCGGCCGUUCUCAAUGCCGUGUGGGACCUGUGGGCCAAGCAGGAGGGAAAGCCUCUGUGGAAGUUACUUGUUGACAUGGACCCCAGGAAGCUGGUAUCCUGCCUAGAUUUUAGGUACAUCACCGACGUCCUGACAGAGGAGGAUGCUUUUUAUUUUUUGCAGAAAGGUCAAGUUGGGAAAAAAGAGCGAGAAGAGCAAAUGCUGGUGCACGGCUACCCCGCCUACACCACGUCGUGCGCCUGGCUGGGCUACUUGGACGCCACACUGAAGCAGCUCUGCAGCGAGGCGCUGGAGGACGGCUGGACCAGGUUUAAGGUAAAAGUUGGUGCUGAUCUCCAGGAUGACAUCCGUAGAUGCCGACUCAUCAGAAACAUGAUCGGCCCUGAGAAGACGCUGAUGAUGGAUGCCAACCAGCGCUGGGAUGUUCCCGAAGCCGUGGAGUGGAUGGCAAAACUGGCAGAGUCCAAGCCCCUGUGGAUUGAGGAGCCCACCUCCCCUGAUGAUACUCUGGGGCGUGCCACCAUUUCCAAGGCACUGGUCCCCCUGGGAAUUGGCGUUGCCACCGGAAAACAGUGCCACAAUAGAGUGAUAUUUAAGCAACUCCUACAGGCAAAAGCCCUGCAGUUUCUCCAGAUCGACAGCUGCAGGCUGGGAAGUGUCAACGAGAACCUCUCAGUGCUGCUGAUGGCCAAAAAGUUUGACAUUCCUGUGUGCCCGCAUGCUGGUGGAGUUGGCCUCUGUGAACUGGUGCAGCACCUGAUUAUAUGUGACUUCAUAUCAGUCUCUGCAAGCCUCAAAGACAGGAUGUGUGAAUACGUCGACCACCUGCACGAGCACUUCAAGUACCCCGUGAUAAUCAAGGCAGCUUCCUACAUGCCUCCUAAGGAUGCUGGUUAUUCAACAGAAAUGAAGGAGGAAUCUGUAAAGAAACACCAGUAUCCAGAUGGUGAAGUUUGGGAGAAGCUCCUUGCUGCCCAAGGGAAUUAGAGCUGAAUGCUUAACAGCUUUUGCUUUAAGUGAAAAGGCUUAAAAUUUCUUGGGUAUGGUUCUACAAAAAUAGAAAAAAAAAUUCAUCCUACCCAUCAGAACAAGUUCAGCUGAAAGUCAUACUAACCUCAGGCAUCAUUACUUGAUCCUUUCAGCAAAAAACACAUUCUCCUAUGUAAUCUUUAAACAAAAGUAGAUCCAACUGCCUCAAAGUCCAGGAAGAUGUUAAAAUUUCUAUCACGUGCUGGUACCUAGACAUUAAACUUUGAAAAUAAGCAGCCAUGUUGGAAUAAUUCCUUAAUCUUUUAAAAAACACACUUGUCAUAA